GUGGACACUGGGCUUGUGUGUGCCAGCCGCAGCCGUUGGUUGGCGGGCGCCCAAUCCCGGGGCAUGGGGCCGGAGCCUGGCCAUCUCGGGCCGUGAAAGGCCAGUGUGGCGGAAGAUUGACCCCCGGCUGCCAGCAGAAGUCGGCGUCUGAGCCCAGGUGCUGGGACUGCUGUGAUCUGCUCGCUGGGCUGCAGCUGCGGGAGCCGGGCAUCCCGGGUUCCGAGAGAAGGAGGAGGCAUGGCCUCGGUGUUCAUGUGUGGAGUGGAGGACUUGCUGUUCAACGGCAGCCGCUUCGUAUGGAACUUGACCGUGUCCACGCUGAGGAGAUGGUACACGGAGAGACUGCGGGCUUGCCACCAGGUGCUGCGGACGUGGUGUGGGCUGCGGGACGUGUACCAGAUGACAGAAGGCAGGCAUUGCCAAGUGCACCUCCUGGAUGAUAGGAGGCUGGAGCUGCUGGUUCAGCCCAAACUUUUAUCAAGAGAGUUGCUGGACCUCGUGGCUUCACAUUUCAACCUGAAAGAAAAAGAGUACUUUGGAAUCACCUUUACAGAUGACACAGGUCAGCAGAACUGGUUGCAGUUAGAUCACCGAGUUCUUGACCAUGAUCUGCCCAAAAAGCCAGGCCCAACCAUUUUGUACUUUGCUGUGAGAUUUUACAUUGAGAGCAUAUCAUUUUUAAAGGAUAAAACCACUGUGGAGCUGUUUUUCCUGAAUGCAAAGUCCUGUGUGUACAAGGGGCAAAUUGAAGUAGACAGUGAAACCGUCUUCAAGUUAGCUGGGCUGGUUUUACAGGAAGCCAAAGGGGAUUACACCAGUGACGAAAAUGCCAGGAAAGAUUUAAAGACACUCCCAGCCUUUCCAACCAAAACUCUUCAGGAGCAUCCAUCCCUUGCUUACUGCGAGGACAGAGUAAUUGAGCAUUACUUGAAAGUCAAAGGUCUGACUCGAGGUCAAGCUGUGGUUCAGUAUAUGAAAAUAGUAGAAGCUCUACCAACUUACGGAAUCCAUUAUUAUGCAGUAAAGGAUAAACAAGGACUUCCUUGGUGGCUUGGAAUCAGCUAUAAGGGAAUUGGCCAGUAUGAUUUACAAGAUAAAGUGAAACCUCGGAAACUAUUCCAAUGGAAACAGCUGGAGAACUUAUAUUUCCGUGAGAAAAAAUUUGCUGUUGAAGUUCAUGACCCACGGAGGAUUUCGGUGUCAAAAAGAGCCUUUGGGCAAAGUGGCCUCUUUGUGCAAACCUGGUAUGCAAACUCUUCUCUCAUCAAGUCCAUCUGGGUAAUGGCAAUUAGUCAGCAUCAGUUUUACCUGGAUCGGAAGCAAAGCAAAGCAAAAAUUCCUUCAGCCAGAAGUUUAGACGAUAUCGCAAUGGAUUUGACAGAGACGGGAACACAGAGGACCUCCAAACCGGUCACUCUGGAGGCGAAAAGUCAGUUCAUUAUGGCCAGCAAUGGCAGCUUGAUUUCCUCAGGUUCUCAAGACUCAGAAGGUAGUGAGGAACAAAAGAGAGAGAAAAUCCUUGAACUCAAGAAGAAGGAAAAGCUGUUGCAAGAAAAACUCCUGACAAAAGUCGAGGAGCUUAAGAAGAUCUGUUUGCGGGAGGCUGAGCUCACAGGCAAAAUGCCGAAGGAAUACCCACUGAACGUAGGUGAGAAACCUCCUCAGGUCAGAAGGCGUGUGGGUACCACAUUCAAAUUAGAUGACAACUUGCUGCCCAGUGAAGAGGAUCCUGCUUUGCAAGAACUGGAGAGCAAUUUCCUAAUACAGCAAAAGCUGGUUGAAGCUGCAAAGAAACUUGCCAAUGAGCCAGACCUUUGUAAAACCGUGAAAAAAAAGCGAAAGCAGGAAUACACGGAUGCAGUGAAAAAGCUUCAGGAGAUUGAAAAUGCAAUCAAUGAAUACCGAAUUAGAUGUGGAAAGAAACCUAGCCAAAAAGGGACAGUAAUGUUACCAGAAGACAUAAUCCCCUCAGAGAGCAGCUCCUUGUCCGACACUACCACCGGUGAUGACUCCAAUGAUACCUUCACUCUUGCUGGGCAGCGAUUAAGCUCAAUACCUCAUUCUCCAAGAAUUCUUCCCCCAAAGUCUCUUGGUAUUGAGCGAAUCCAUUUCAGAAAGUCAUCCAUCAAUGAACAGUUUGCAGAUGCCCGGCAAUCCAGAGAAAUGCUGUCGACACACAGCAGCCCUUACAAAACCCUGGAAAAGCGGCCCCAGGGUGGACGAAGCAUGCCCACCACCCCCGUGCUCACCCGAAAUGCCUACAGCAGCAGCCACCUGGAGCCAGAGUCCUCUCAGCACUGCCGCCAGCGGAGUGGCAGCCUGGAGUCCCAGUCACACCUGCUAUCGGAGAUGGACCACGACAGACCCUUCUUCUCCCUCCACAAGUCCCAAAGGAGCACCAGCACUGAAGUUCUGGAUGACGGGUCCUCCUGCACCAGCCAGUCCAGUGCUGAGUACUACUGCGUGACGCCUGUGAGCGGCACCCACACCCUGGACACCCGUGCCAGAGGCCGGAGAAGGUCCAAGAAACAGAAUGUUUCCACUUCGAAUUCAGGAAGCAUGCCCAACCUUGCCCAAAGGGAUAGUCUGAGGAAUGGCAUCUAUGCAAAGAGCCAUGAGCAGCCCUCUUCCAGCUACUACAUCACUGGGUACCCACCACACACAGAGUGUGACCUUUAUUACAGCGGUGGCUAUGUCUAUGAGAAUGACACUGAGGGACAGUACAGUGUCAAUCCUUCCUACCGCUCCUCAGCCUACUAUGGAUAUGACUGCCAGAGGGACUACAGCAGGUCCUUCCAUGACGAUGAGACAGACCGGGUACCUCAUAACCCAUAUGCAACCCUCCGGCUGCCCAGGAAGGCCGCUGCACCUGAGCGUAUCACCAAGAACAUCCAUAGGGCCUUAGUUGCAGAGCACCUGCGUGGCUGGUACCAGCGGGCUUCUGGGCAAAAGGAGCAGGGGCACAGCCCACAUACCAGCUUUGACUUGGAUAGGGGGUCGCAGGGAUGCCUGGGGUUCGCUGGGCUGCAAGUGCCCUGUUCUCCAGGGAGUCGUGCAUCUUCCUACUCUUCAGUGUCUUCUACAAAUGCUUCUGGGAACUGGAGGACCCAGAUAACAGUGGGGUUUUCUGAAUAUGAGACCUUGGCAUAUCCUUCUUACACCAGCAGCUACGGCAACAUCUAUAAUCCUUUGUCCUCUCCAGGCAGACAAUACGCAGAGAACAGUCAACUGGACAUUACAGAUGGAAACCAGUUGGAACCAGACAGCCGGGAGAGUAGUGAGCAGAGGCUCUUUUGGCACGAAGAUUCAAAGCCUGGAACAUUAGUCUGAACUGCAGCGGGACCUCUUGACCAAGCACUGCUUUCUCACACUAGUGUGCCUUGUAAAAUGUGUUUGUCUUCCCAGAAGGCUGUUUGGCUUUAGAAAACUAAAGACAUCAGAGAUUGAAGUGAGGACUCACAUUGCCCCACAAGUGAAUCCCACACUAAGCUGCACAAAGCCCUCACAGGACAACCUACCUUUCAAAGUCUGGACGCUAACCUAAGAGAGCAAAAGGUCAGACCACAUGUUGAACCAUUGCCAAGGGAGGACUUAAUCUUUAUCAAUACCAAGCACUUUUUAAGGAAUAAACACUGUUGAAGGCAAACCUCAAAACUGUGAAAAGUGCUUUCAGGAUCUCCAAGAAAAGAAAAGGAUGGGAAAUUUCAGAGCCCAAUUCAGAAUGCUGAAGGGAGGGAAGCCAGAACUCUCAACCAUCAGAAAGUCUGGAUUUGUGAGCUGACAAAGAAUGAUGCUAUUUCUACACGGACAUGAACAACUUAGACAGUAUUGGAAAAUUACUUGAAGAAAAGCUGGAUUUUCAUAAAGGUCUGAAUGAGUGUAAAUGUUUUUAGGAUUUUAUAAAGAGUGAUGGUUUUCAUAAGCACCAUGAAAUGGGUUCUAGAAAGACUCAUUGCCACAGCAUCCUGUAACAAAUUUUAUGGUAGCGGAUUGGGGAAAAUGAAACAGCCCACUGAAUAACUGACAAACUCUGCUUGGAGAAUUUUCCGAGGUACAAUAUCACUGAGCUCCAUUUUUCUUUCUAUGCCAGUGGUAUGAUGAGCUCUUGUUAUUCAGGCUGUUAACUCUCUAAUUUGGCUGUCACUUGAAAUGGCAAACUUGAUAUGGAAAGUUUUCUAAUCAAGAAUUUGAAAAAGUAUUUUAAGGUGUUAUGGAAAGAACCCAAAACAAAAUCAAGGAAAAUACACGUCCAUCAUUUUAGAUGAUUUGUGUGCCUUAAAAUGGUGACCAUUGGAAAAGUAAGCAUAUCAUCAGGAUUCCAUAGGUAGUUCUAAGUCACCAAGUGACAAAAACAAGAUUAGUUGGUUACAAGGAAAAAAAACCCUCCAAGCUGCAGUAGAUUUAAUUAUGAGGCUAAAACUACCUCAUAUUUUCUGUGGAAGAACUAAUUAGGUAUAGUUCAUGGUUGAGUUUUUUUUUAAACAAUUAUUCCCAUCUUUUUUGUCAUCUUUCCUCUGCUUCAAAGUUCCAUAAAAGGUGCUCCUUCCCCCCUUUUAUACAGGUUUCUUGUUUAUAUUAUGACUAGAGAAGUUUCUACACAACUUUUUUGGAACAUUGAUUUCCUAUCUGUAUUCCAAAGCAUGUUUAUAUACAUAAAGUUGAUUUGUUAAACUGGUCCUUAGUCAUUUGUAUCAUUAAAAAUGAAGUUUUGGGGAAAAUUGGAACAAAAAAUGAUGUGCAAAAAAAAUAACUUAUUCCUUUUGCAUAUUUGUAUAGCCUUCUAGAAACAGAAAUGCCCUUUUGCCUAUUCUUUUACUGUUCUGACUUUUUAAGACCUAUUUUUUUUACAUAGGUCAAUAAACUAAAAGUGUGCUACUGAAAAUGUUUCUGUGUUCCUCCAUUUGUGUUGAGGGUUCAUAUAAAGCAGUUUAAGGUGCUCUACUUCAAGUAAUUAUGUUGGACAAGAUUGCAGAUUAUUAGUUAUAUAGCAUUACCAUGAGUUAUUUUCAAGAUACAAGUGUUUUAUAUUUACAUAUCUGAAAUCAGGGUGAUCUUUUGAUUGAUGGCAUGUUCUAGUUGACUUGGCAGUGUUUUUUCUUUCUUAGUGAUGCAUAAAAUAACGCUGUGUCUUACAAUAACGUCUUAAAAUUGAUGGAGUACAGUAGUUUAUUGCCUCAUUGAUGUGAAUUUUUAGGCUUUCUAUUCUUGCAAAUAUUGUUUAUUUUGUAACAUGUGAUUCAUCCUAGUUUUGCUGACCAGGUCUUUUAAAUUCAGGAAAAUAUUUCACCUGACAUCUUUUUAUCCUGCAAUGGAAGAAGGGGAAUUGGAAAUAAAAUGUAGAAAGAUCUUAAUAUUUCUGAGCAAGUACCUCAC